AAAUAUAAAGUUAUAGGAUUGUGUUGGCUGUUGUCCAAUGCACGCAGUCUCCUGAUAACUCUUAAUUAAAUUUGAAAUGAACCGUCAAGGAGCCCUCGAACAGGAAUGUCGUCACUCCUGCCUGAAUACAUUGUCCGUUGACCGUUAACAGUUAACAGUUAACGUUAAUGUUCAGCAUUACCAACGACAAGGAGGAUGGAGAGUGACCGGAGUUUUAACUUCAAACUGUUGAUGCCCCCCAGGGUGAAUAGUGGUCAGGUAUCUGCAGUUAGACCUCAAGAAGUCAUUGAGAACUGUGGUGAUAUCAUGAAUCCAUUACAGCAAGGAUAUAGUAUGUGUUUUGACAAAGAGCAAAACAUGCCUUUCUCCAAUACAAGCAUGGUUAUGCCUACUAAACCAACCAGACAAGAUGUUCCCAAGAUAAAAGUUGUGCCACCAAUGGAAAAGGAUGAGAUUAAUGGCAAUCCUGGACAACUUUAUUCAAAGUUGUUUGAUGAAGUUGACAGAAUUAAAUGCUGGAAGGUCAAAGUUGACUCUGACACUGUGCAAAAGGAAAGAAGACUCCAAGAAAACAAAAGAACAAUAGAAACACAGCGCAAAGCCAUUCAAGAGUUACAGUUUGGAAAUGAGAGUCUCAGCAUAAAGCUGGAGGAACAGAUCAGUGAAAAUGAGGAUUUGAGGAACAAAAACAACGCAACCAGGAACUUGUGUAAUAUACUCAAAGAUACUUUUCAGCGGUCAGCUGAGAAAAUGCUACUCUUUGAAUCUGAAAGAGAGGAAACACAUCACCUCUUUAUGGAAAACAAUGUGAACAUUCAGAAACUGGUUGCAGCAUUUGAAAGCCUUCGUAUUCGAGCAGAAGCUGAUCAACAAGAGAUGCAAAAAGUAAAAGAGGGCUUGCUGCAAUUUGAAGAACUUAAAGAGAAAUAUCAUCAAGAAUAUAACAUGAAAGAGGAAGAGGUGGCAGAGCUUCAAACAAAACUUCGGACAAAGGAAAAUGAAUUACAGAAAAUCCUGCUUGACCUUCAUGAAACCCAAAAGCAUUGCAAACAUCUUCAGGAGACAACAAAUCAACAACAUGAACUUCUCAAAAGCUCAAAAACUGAACAGGAAUCCCUUCUUCAAAAACUGCACACUGCUGAGCAGCGCUGUAUAGAAACUGAGAAAAAAGGUGAAGCUAUUGCUGUGUCCCUGGAACAAAGUAAAGAAGAAUAUGCACAGACCAUCCACAGCAAAGACUUAAGCAUACAGGAGCUCAGCAGAGUUAAAAAUCAACAAGCUGAGAAACUGGAGGAGAUUCAGGCAACCAUUCAGGAGCUACAGAAUUCAUUAGACCUAGAGAGACAGAGGGCCAAAGAACUUGAAGAUAAACUCAUGGCAAACAACGACAAACUUGAAAGGAGAAACACUCUUUUACGAGAGACCAUGGAUCAGAGUGCAAUGAAAGCUGGGCAGAUCAAAAUCCUUGAGGAUGAACUGGACAUAAAAUCAAAAUCCAUUGAGUCCAUGAAGAAUAAGAUUGACAUAACUGAAGUCAGAGUGGAGGAACUCACAGCUGAGCUUUCAAGGAAGACUGAAGAAGUCCAGCUAUUUGAGGUGAUACAAACAAAUACUAAAUCUCUUCAUUUGAUAGUCUAAUAACAUGAUUUUCAUUUUCUUGCUCCGCUCAUGAUGAAAAAAUAUGAUGUAGUGAUAUGGUGAAUGUGUUUUUUAUACCCUCAGAUCAAAGUGCAGGAGCUAGUGGGACAGUUGUUUACCGAAAUGAACAAAAAUAAAGAACACACUUUUCAAAUGGAGCAACUGAGGAAAGACAUAAAGCUACAUGAAGUAAAGUAUGAAGAACUAUUAUCCAACCUUAAUAAGCUUCAGUCUGAGAAGAUGGCCAUUCAACAGCAGUUUGAGAGUGGAUCCUCUAAUAUGGAAGCUGUUGAAGCAAAUAUGAAGGUGAGUGAGGAGAAGGCUGUGAAGCUCACAAGAGAAAUUCAAAGACUAGAAGAAGAAAACCAAAGUUUACGAGAGGAAUUAAAUUCAAUUAAAACCAAAAUCCAAGGGAAAUGCCAAGAAACUGAGACUCUGCAGAAGAAAAUUGAAGAAAAUUGUGAACAUCUGCAGCAGAAAAUUGCAGAAAGAGAAAAACAAAUCAAAACUGUGGAAACAAAGCUGUGGAAUCUGAGGAAAAAGUUUGAAAUUAAACUUAAAGCCCAGGAGGAAUACCAAAAAGAGAAUAAAAUUCUUAAGAAACAAAUAGCAAAGGAGAUUGCAAAAUCCUGUCAACUUGAAGAUGUGAUCAGCAGUCUUCACGACGAGUCCCAGAACCUGAAAAGACUGAACAAGGAAGACUGUCAAAAAUUGCUUAAGGAUCUUGAGUACAAAUCAACCUUUGCAGCAGAGCUUGAGAACGAGGCACAAAAGCUCAGAUUAGCAGCAGCAGAGGCCAUCAAGAACAAGGAAGAUGCAGAACUCAAGUGUCAGCACAAGAUAGCAGAUAUGGUUGCACUAAUGGAGAAACAUAAGAGCCAGUAUGACCGGAUGGUUGAACAAAAGGAUGCAGAGCUUGAUGAGAACAAGAAAAAAGAGAUGGAAGCUAUUGCUCAAAGGAAAUCCAUUGGUAUGACACUAAUAGAUUUGUCAGAGUUGAAUCUCUCAACGCAUAAGACAGAAAAUGAUCAGCUGAAGAAACAGCUCAAGAUAGAAACAACAAAGGGGGAAAACCUACAGAAGGAGCUAACUGAUUUGAAGAAAGAGAUGUCAUCAAUGAAAAUCACUCUGCUGUCAGGAGCAAGGAACAAGCAGUCGGCUGCCUCAAACUGUAAACAAGGAAGAUGUUCAGAAACUCCAAAAGAGAGCAUGUCAAAGAGAUACAUGUUUGACUUUUCCAAGACUAGAAAGACACCAUCCCACAGCAAAGAUGAAGGAAGUGCUACAGUUAUGAAAAACACUGAAUCUGACACGGAUUCAAUCAGAGUGUCAUGUGGAACAACACCAAAGGCCAUGGAUGUUCACAAUGAAGACCUGAAAACCCCAAGCAGUAUUACAGACAGGGUUGGCGGAACAUCAAAGAUCAAAUCCUACAGAAUAAGGACACCACCCUCUAAUGAAAAAGCAUCACACUGGGGGAAGAGCACCUUAGAGCUUGACCCCAAGUCUGACAGCUCUGAUCAAAUUGAUCUCUUGACCUUUGCAAAUGCAUCCAAUUUUUCUGCUCUACACUGCAAACUCAAGACCCUCAAAAAGAUUCAGAGCCCUGUCACUCAUAAAUCACCAGGGAACUCCUUGAAGCUAGCUGCAAUGAAAAGGAUGAGAGAUGCUGGUUGGACUGCAGUUACUGGCCAUGACAAGAAGAAAAAGAAGAAGAGCAAUGAGAAGAUCUUUGCAUAAGUAGUGCUGUUACAGGUCAGAUAAACAACAACAAUAUUUAUUAAAUACUUAAAAUGCAUAUAAAGUACUGUUAGAGAUCAAAUAGAAAGAGAUGAUAAUAACAGGAAAAUCAUAAUAACAGGAAAAUUAUUGAUGGAUCAGCAAAACAGCAUUGUUAAUGACAAAUGCAAAUGCAAAUUUAGGUGUUCCAGCUUUUAAGCAAGUUUGUUUGAGAUUUGGUGGUAAAUUUUGAAUCAACCCUCUAUCUCUUUAAGUACUUUGGAAAAAAAAAAUCAGUUCUAUGAAAUAAUUAAUCUUUACUGAUGUUUGCAUGAAAUCUCAUUUAUUUUGAACAAGUUUAUAUUGUUGGUGUAGGAAAAGGUGUAGUUGUUAUGUAUUACUAUCUUCAUAUAUUUAUCUAUCCUAGUAUUGAGAGUGAUAGUAGUAAAAGUAAUGUUCAAAUCGGUCAUUUUUGGCCUUGUUCUUCCCAUCAUCAUUAUCCCUUUCUCUUUGUUGUCAGCCUCCCAUUAAGAGCUGUGAAAUUUCAGUCUUGAAAUUGUACUAACUGGUGGAUGAGGAAAACUGGUUGUGCACAUCUGUUAUGUAUUAAAGGUGAUGUAGCUAA